UUGUCGUCGCCGCCAUCGCCGUUCUACAGCUGCCGCCAUGCCGCACCUCCAGCCCCCGCGCCCCCACCCCCACCCCACCUCCCGCCUCUCGCGCGCGUCGCGUCCGUCGCCGUUCCCGUUCUUCCCCGCCGGGACAUCGCGCUCCGGCCGUCUCCACCCCGUCCCAGCCUCCGGCCACUCGGGGUCUCGAGGUACGAGGGUUAGUAAAGGAAAGUUUGCAGUUGCAGCCGUCACUCUAGAUGAUUAUCUUCCGAUGCGAAGUACUGAAGUGAAAAAUCGGACAUCAACAGAUGGAAUCAAAAGCCUCAGACUAAUCACAGCGGUCAAAACCCCCUAUUUGCCAGAUGGAAGAUUUGAUCUUGAAGCAUACGAUUCUCUGAUAAACACGCAAAUAAAUGGCGGUGCAGAAGGUGUAAUAGUGGGAGGAACAACAGGAGAAGGUCACCUUAUGAGCUGGGAUGAGCACAUCAUGCUCAUCGGGCAUACUGUUAACUGCUUUGGAGCCAACAUUAAAGUGAUAGGCAACACGGGAAGUAACUCAACCAGAGAAGCUGUUCACGCGACAGAGCAGGGAUUUGCUGUUGGCAUGCAUGCAGCUCUCCAUGUCAAUCCUUACUACGGGAAGACCUCAACUGAAGGCUUGAUCUCUCAUUUCAAGGAAGUCCUCCCGAUGGGCCCAACAAUCAUUUACAAUGUGCCAUCCAGGACCAGUCAAGACAUACCUCCUCCAGUCAUUGAGGCGCUUUCAUGUUACUCAAACAUGGCAGGAGUGAAAGAAUGCGUUGGGCAUGAGCGGGUUAAGUGCUACACUGAUAAAGGCAUAACAAUAUGGAGCGGUAACGAUGACGAAUGCCACGACUCAAGGUGGAAGUACGGCGCUACUGGAGUCAUUUCUGUGGCGAGCAAUCUUGUUCCCGGUCUCAUGCACAGCCUCAUGUUUGAAGGGGAGAAUGCGGCGCUAAAUGAGAAGCUGCUGCCUCUGAUGAAAUGGCUGUUCUGCGAGCCUAACCCGAUCGGUCUCAACACCGCCCUGGCUCAGCUCGGUGUAGUGAGGCCUGUUUUCAGGUUGCCAUACACUCCCCUCCCUCUUGAGAAGAGGGUUGAGUUUGUCCGGAUUGUCGAAGCCAUUGGACGGGAGAACUUUGUGGGACAGAAGGAGGCCCAGGUUCUGGAUGACGAUGAUUUCGUGUUGAUCAGCAGGUAUUGAAUAAGUGUGUGAGUUCUUUGUGUCCAGUGUAUGCUGACGAACAGCGGUAGUGUCGCAGUGUCGUUUGCGGAUGGUUUUAGACGCUUCGUUUGUUCACCAGUCAUUUGUUGAUCUUUUUCUCUGACUGAAUGUUAAUUUGGAACCCGUUUGGUUUCUUGGCACCUUGUGAUACCAGUUCCAGUAAGAAAUGAGAAUAGCCUGAGACAUGUA